AAAAAAUCCAAUUGAGCACAUGGACCAUAUUCAAUGGGCGGGAAAUGAAUGUGAUCGGGUAUAAAAGUUUGCCAAGGCCAGCAGUCACUCUGUAGCUGGAACCAGCAGAGGUUUCAUUCUGCACUGAGCUUCAUCUGAGAAGGGCACCACCAAAGAACCUGCCAAGAUGUGUGAUGAUGAUGAGACUACCGCCUUGGUGUGCGACAACGGCUCAGGCCUGGUGAAGGCUGGCUUUGCCGGUGAUGACGCUCCCAGGGCUGUGUUCCCUUCCAUCGUUGGUCGCCCCCGUCAUCAGGGUGUCAUGGUAGGUAUGGGUCAGAAAGACUCCUAUGUAGGUGAUGAAGCUCAGAGCAAGAGGGGUAUCCUCACUCUGAAGUAUCCCAUUGAGCAUGGCAUCAUUACCAACUGGGACGAUAUGGAGAAGAUCUGGCACCACACCUUCUACAACGAGCUCCGUGUUGCCCCUGAGGAGCACCCCACCCUGCUCACUGAGGCUCCCCUGAACCCCAAGGCUAACCGUGAGAAGAUGACACAGAUCAUGUUUGAGACCUUCAACGUCCCUGCCAUGUAUGUGGCCAUCCAGGCUGUGCUGUCUCUGUACGCUUCUGGCCGUACCACUGGUAUUGUGCUGGAUUCUGGUGAUGGUGUCACCCACAAUGUCCCCAUCUAUGAGGGUUAUGCUCUGCCCCAUGCCAUCAUGCGUCUGGAUCUGGCUGGUCGCGAUCUGACUGACUACCUCAUGAAGAUCCUGACUGAGCGUGGCUACUCUUUCGUCACAACCGCUGAGCGUGAGAUUGUGCGCGACAUCAAGGAGAAGCUGUGCUAUGUUGCUCUGGACUUCGAGAAUGAGAUGGCCACUGCUGCUUCCUCCUCCUCCCUGGAGAAGAGCUAUGAGUUGCCUGAUGGUCAGGUUAUCACCAUUGGUAAUGAGCGUUUCCGUUGCCCAGAGACCCUCUUCCAGCCUUCUUUCAUUGGUAUGGAGUCUGCUGGCAUCCAUGAGACUGCCUACAACAGCAUCAUGAAGUGUGACAUUGACAUCAGGAAGGACCUGUAUGCCAACAACGUCUUGUCUGGUGGUACCACCAUGUACCCUGGUAUUGCUGACCGUAUGCAGAAGGAGAUCACUGCUCUGGCCCCCAGCACAAUGAAGAUCAAGAUCAUUGCCCCACCUGAGCGUAAGUACUCUGUAUGGAUUGGUGGCUCCAUCUUGGCUUCCCUGUCCACCUUCCAGCAGAUGUGGAUCACCAAGCAGGAAUACGAUGAGGCUGGACCCAGCAUUGUCCACCGCAAGUGCUUCUAAAUCAACAAUCAUCGUUAUCAUCUGCAUCUAAUCCCCAUAAACCGAGCAUCAGUGGAGCACUCCAUUGGCAAGGGAGAGAUUUAUUUAAAAUGUAUUUUGUAACCCAGUGUUACACAAUGAAUAUACUUCAGUGAAGAUUAAGCAACAUCAAGACAACUGGCAUGCUAUGUCACACAGCAUAAUGUGAAAUGUACAUACAUAUUAAUUUAUUAAAGUCCAUUAUUUGGUAUCA